UCGAAGGGCAGGUGACGAUCUGACAGGACCAGAAGGAAGCAGGCUCUGGUCCUGUUAUCAGCAGAAGGACGGUGUGUUCACAGUGGCACGAAGCAGCAGAGGCAUUCACAUUCCCACAGCCAGCUUGCUUUCAACACCUCCUGAAGGCUGUGCAUAUCACAACGGGUAUCCAGGACAAUAUGAAGCCACUAUACUUCCCACUGCACAGGAAGACAUCCUACAAGGGUUCUACCAAGACAUGGAGUUCAAGAGGAACCACGAAGAACUUGAAAGGGCAAGUGGUCGUCCAAUAAAGGGCAGACAAAUGUCGCCCACAUCCGAAGGAAGGAUCCCCUCGACCUCUGGAAGCCAAGUGGGUGGGUCCGAGCAGUUUCACCGCAAGCGUGGGAACCCUCUGUCCAUGAGACCGAUUUCCAAAGUGGAAUGCUCCUUUUGUAAAAAAAACGGCGAGACAAGAAGCUUCUACAGCACCCACGUGGUCAGGGACAGGUUCACUGGGAACGUCAUCUGUCCCAUCCUGAGGAAGCACGUGUGCGAGGUCUGCGGGGCAACAGGAGACAACAGCCACACCAGGAGCUACUGUCCUCAAGGCUCAGCUCCAAACAUGGCAGCACUCAAAAUGACGCCUCGCAACAGCACGAGUCAAAGGAACGCCGUCUAGAACUACAAUAAACACUGCGAUACUUGGUAAAAUAUACGGAUAAAUAAUGUUAGAAACGCGUUAAUAUAACACUGUAAUAAAAUAUUUCU